GUCGCUUCAACAUGCUCCCCCCUAAGAGUGGCAAGAGCACCCCUUCCAUACUCCAGACACGAUCCAGCCAAAGGUAGAUGCUUGGGCUAUUGGUACGUCAAGGUACGGCUGCUCAAUCUCAGGCUUCAAAAUUAUUUGAGCGACAUCACGACCCAAUACUCCGUCAAUCUGACGCACAGUGCUUUGUUUUCAUAUAGGCAAUGGACAAAAAUAGAAGGAGUUAUUGCAGACAAAUAAAAAUUUGUGGAACAUUACCCUUUGCAGGUCAAAUCGACGACUGACAGCUACUCGGGUCCCCAAUGAGACUCAAAACCCAACCGAUGAGAGAAGCGUAGUCCCGAGGGACUUCGAAAUAUAUUAUUGCAUUAUUUGUAAAGGGUAUCAUGGGCUCAAAUUCUGCCGGAAAUUCCUGAAAAUGACGCCAGAGAGAAGACUUGACAUCGUUGAGCGUCUUGGCUAUUGCACCAAUUGUUUGGCUCGAAGCCAUAAUAUAAGGUCGUGUACCUCGAUGGAGUCUUGCAUAAAAUGCAACCAACUUCACCACACCAUGUUGCACCCAUCGAGGACACGCAGCCCAUCGCCCAACAUGUCCACCGUCAGCAGCCAACGUGGUCGUGAUACCGAGAUCCAGAUACAGCCGCACCAACAACCACUUCAGCACCAUCAUCACCAUCGUCAACAUCAUCAUCAACAGCAUCAUCAUCAGCAUCGUCAACACCGACACCAUCAACCUCGUCAGCCACAUUAUCGUCGUCAUCUACGUCAACAGCCACAUCAUCGUCGUCAUCAACGCCAACACCCUCAUCAACAACAACGUCAUCAAAUUCAACGUCAGCAAAAUCAACAACGCCAACGUCAACAAUCACCAGCUCCAAUUGCUUCAUCUACCACUCCACCAAUGCCAGAUCAACAUAUAUUGGCUGAAGCUAUUAAAUCUCUGGCCAACGUACUAUGCUACCAAAAUAAGCCAGAAUAGAUGGGCAAAGGCCGAGGCCGGCGACAUGUUUAAACUAUGAUUUAAACAAUAUUUAAUUGAAUAUCUUUUUUUUAACAAAAAAAUGUAAUAUUGAAAUAUAUGUAUGUAUAUGGGGAAUUUCACGUCAAGUGAACCAACUUUUGAAAUCGAUGUCUUCCGGACACCAUUUUUCAACAAGAUCGGUCAAGAACUCUCUGAGUUAUAGGAGGUCAAAAUUUGACAUUUUGGCCAAACAGGUGUUUUUUUUAUCCAUAUAACUUAUUACCUAUUGUUCUUAGCAAAAUGUGUUAAUAUUAAUUGAAUUUACAAUAUUAUAUGAAUUGUUACUUUAAGAUGAAUUAUAUUAUGAAUUGUAUUAUUGAAUUUUAUAUUAAAUUAAGUAUGUACUAUAUUAUUAAAUUGUUAGUAUUUAUAAAUUCAGUAAAAAAUGAACUACCUUAAUAUUUAAAACGAUAAUGAACUAAAAUGUUAGUAAUUAAGAAAAUUUAAAUGAAAUGUUGCUAACGGUAUUUUAGAAAUACAUAAGGUAUUCCAAAACCUCUUCGGGUUUUGGAAUUUAAAAACUAGGUUUCCUUAUUAAAACCAAAAUUGUAAUUUGUCACUUCUCACCAAGCAACAGAAGCCUUAAGUUGCAACUUUACAUCCCAAUUACACACAAAAAUUUUAUUUAAAUAAAAACUCCC